CUUCCAAUGCGGGCGGGGUCCUCGCGCUCGCACAACGACGGGAACCACGGGCGCCAAGACGCUCCGCCUUGGUUCUUUCAACAAGAAGUGGCGCAGAUGCUUGGCCCCGCCCUGCUUCAGAAACCCUUUCCCUUGCCCAUCCUCUGGCGUUUUUCUUUCCCCCCUGUCCACUCGUUCACCCUCCCACUAC